AUGGAAGAACUCUGCUGUGACAGUGGUUACCCUUUAGAACCAUGGUGCAAGACUCCUAUUCUAGGAAAUCAUCAAGUUCAUUCACCUGAACACCGGUUCAAUAUAAGACAUAAACGUGCACGCUGUACAGUUGAAAGGUGCAUUGGGGUUUUGAAACAACGUUGGAGAUGCCUAUUAAAGGAUCGCACAUUGCAUUAUAAACCAACAAGAGCCUCCAAGAUAAUAAUAACGUGUGCUGUUUUACAUAACCUCGCUAUACAUAAUAAUGUUGAGCUACCUGAAUAUGACAAUGAAGAAGAAGAAGAGGAUGAAGACGAAGAAACUCAUGAACAAGAAGUUGAAGAGCUAUUAAAUGCUGGUCGACAGACACGUCAACAACUAUUAGAUCAAUAUUUUACACAAUAA